AACCCCCCCCAUCCAUCAUGGCCGCCCCCAUAACCCACCCCAUCCAUCAUGGCCGCCCUCCGUCUCUUCCUGCUGCUCCUGUUGCCGCCCCCCCUCCCCGCCGGGCCCGGCCCGGGCUGCAGGAUGAGGCGAGUGCCGCAGGGCGCAUGCGCAGUCUCCCCGUCGCUGAUUGGCUGUUCGGGUCAUUGUGAAUCGGGCGCGUUCCCGGCUCGGCGCGCGGUCACGUUGGUCACGUGGCACCGCGUCACUUCCGCCGCGCGGUGCUGCACCAUCGGGAGCGCGCGAAAGCUCUCUGUCACCGUCUCGUGUCCCGACGGUCGCAGUGUGACCCUACAAACCGUGACGGCAACGGGAUGA